CAACAUGGAGAAAAAUUGCUCUUAUAUACUCCCUCCGUCCAUAAAAGAAUUUCUCACUUUCCUAUUUGGGAUGUCCACAAAUAAAUUUCUCAUUUCCUUAUUUGGCUAAAAAAAUUUAUUAGAAAGUCAAUUUUACCCCUCUUCUCUUUUUCUCUCUUGCGUCUUCUGCAUCUUCAAACACUGGCCAACUUCUUCGUUCCCUUUCUUUUUUUUUUCAUUCUCACCAUCUUCUCUGCCAUAUCUCCUUCCUCCACCAUAUAUCUCUUUCCUCUAGUUUCUCUUUCAUUUUCUUAUUCCAAUUAAUUUUCUUCUUUCCUCCAUCAUCUUCGUUCUAUUUUCCGCACCGCAUGUGAUUUUCGAUGUCAUCCUACAGUACACAGAUUGGGAGCUUUGGAGCAGCAUCAUCUUCACCGAAUCUGAAAAAAUGGCACCAUCUUCGUCAUAUCGGAAGGAUUGUGCUUUGCUUCGUCGGAUCUGAACAAAUUCAACUUCCGAUAUGAGCUGAACAAAGUCAACUUCUGAUCGGAAUUUUAGAUCUGAACAAAGUCAAAAUUGAAGAUCCAAGAUUUUCUCCUAGCCCAUCUUCGUCAUAGACAGGACCAAUUUCACCACCACCGCAACUAUAGCCGAUUGGGGUUAUCGACAAGGCAAAAAAUUAUGUUAUGUAAUAUGGUUUGAAAUUGAAUUUAAUGGUGAAUUAGAUUAUAGAACUAUAUGAUCUUAUCAGUGAAAAAAAAUCCUGGAUCCGCCACUGCGAGUGCGGCAUAGACAAGUUUCCGACGGUACACAGGCGACCGGUGCAGCCGACGACCCAGUAGCCCGACUCCGACACCAGUUCAGACCGGCGGUUACCCACCUCUAUCCCUCCGGGAAUGCUUCUCAGGCCUUUCAGUUGUCAAUCCGACAAACGCUCAGGCCCCCUCGAUGCGCAUGACUUUCUGAUGGGCAAGAUCAUUGCUUCUGUCAAAUCUGCCAGCUCCAUAAAAAAAGGAGCCUAUACUUUCUACUGUAGCAAUAUUUUUUAUGGUAAGGUCCAUUGAUUGUGUGGCGUGUUGGCUGGACCCCACACGGAAUUGGGCACUCUAACCCGUGAAGCAAAUAUCAACCUUUACAUUUACAUAGUGAAUCUCAAUUAUGGACGACGGAGCAAAAAAAAAGAGAUAAGUCUUUUACACCUAACACGUCAUUUCAGUUAUUCCAUAUUUAUUAUUAUUUUUUAACAUAUUAUCAAUAUAUAUGGUAAUUCCUAUCAUUUACUCCAUCAUUAUUACUAUUACCUUGUCUACCACAUGUGACCAGACCUCACUUGGACGAUGGUAUUACACUGUGUUUAACACUUUAAGCCCUAUUGUGGGACGGGUGUGAAGCUUAAUCUCAAACCCCACACAGGCCAGUGACUUGCCUCAAGGCAUGGCUCAGAUCAAACUCAUUUAGUCAUUCCUUAGCGAGGCCGGGUAAAACCUCUCUCCACGAGGUGUUGAAGAUCGUCCGUGACGAUAUUAUCGCGAGGCCGAGGUAAGCCGUCCAUCUCGACGCACUCCUAUUUGUCUUCCACGACGCGAUCUCAUUUCCUCUUCCACGAAGCCGAGGUAAGCCGUCCACCACGACGCACUCCCAUCCGUCUCCCAUGACGCAAUUUUGUUUCCUCUUCUACGAGGCUGAGGUAAGCCCUCCCCGCGAGGCACUCCAAAUCGUCCGUGACGAUACUAUUCGCGAGGCCGAGGUAAGCCGUCCAUCUCGACGCACUCCUAUAUAUCCGUCUUCAACGACGUGAAGUAUUUUGCUCUCGGAUCUAAGGCGAGGGGUGCAUCAUUUGUGCCUAUCUCACUUACCCGAGCAGCCCUCAUUUGAAGACCCCAGUCUCACUUAGGAUGAUGUCAAGGUUUGUUCUAGACCAGACUACUACACGAUCGGCACACUUUGCUGAUAAGACCUAUCUUUUGUCCAAAACUUUGGACCCAACUCAUACGUUGACUUACUUUUCUCGGCCGCGUGGUGAUCGGUCCAUCCGAGCCCGCGAGCGCCUUGUGUUCUUUUUUGAACUUAUUUUUCAGGUUAAAAGAAUGAGAAGAUCAAGCUCGACCUCAGCCACCGCGUGAGGCACUCGAGCUCGGCCUUCAGCCACUCAAGCUUGGCCUCGACCAUCUCGUGCGACACUCGAGCUCGGCCUUCAGGCACUCAAGCUCGGCCUUCAGCCACUCAAGCUCGACCUCGGCCAUCUCGUGAAGGGGGUAGAGACUCCCACCGGAGCUGAGCAUGGACACUACUCCCCUUCACCUCCGAAUUCUUCUUCGGCUUAAGGAGUGGGGGACUCCAUGUGCUCGUCUCGUGAUUGUUACAUCUCACAUAAUGGAGAGGUUGGCGAUCGACAUCCCGACCUUGUUUCAAACCGUAGUAGUUUGUGUCGGCAUGCACUCGCCGGCAAUCCAUUAUGUCGAACAGCCCUCGACUCUAGACAACGAGUCCGGGGGACUUGGAGAAGAUCACCUCUUUUGAGAUUCACACAGAAGACCUCACCCCCUAGCAAUGUUUUCUUGAUCCACUCUAUGGGACGAGAUGUACUCUUUUCUUGACCGAGGAUUUUUCCUCGGCAAGUUUUUAAUGAGGCAUCCCCCGUGGAGUGGGUCACACAUUGACAGGAUGGUGGGAGGAUGACGACUUAUUCAUCCACUUUUAUGAUGAUUAUUGCACUUUGAACAGCGAACCGACGAUGUACUUUGUACGAGAGCAAAUCAUUUUAAGACAAUGAGCAGAGUAUGUGUUUCUUCUUGCCGUUCCGAACAGCGAGUUGGCAUUACAUUUCUGACCUGUGGCGUUGUUGGCCUUACUUCACCGUGCUCGGGACAUCAAGUUGGCAAUGCAUUCCGAACAGCAAGGAAGAUGGUGUCCUUCCGUGGCAGAUUGUUGCUCUACUUCCACUUCACCUUGAGUUCCUCUCGGCUCGGAAAGUGGGGGACUCAUGAUGCAUACCCCGGACAGGGGGUAUCCGGUCUUUGUAUAAUAUUAGUCGGGGCGGUCCAGUUUGUUGGAUCUGCCCGUUAGUCGUUUAUUAAUUACUUAUUUAGGACGGCCCAGCCUAUUGGGCCGGCCCAUUGGUCUUUGUAUGUAAACCCUAGCCCUAACUCUCCCAUUAUAUAUACCCCUCUUCUUGGAAGAGGGCAUUCAUCACACACACUACACGUUCUAAGAAGCACAAUAAUACUCAUAAUUACUU